UUGGCGUGUGGGUAAUAACUACAACUCAUCACCGGGACUAUCUAUAUAUAUAUACUCACAAAUAAUCUCAUGUAGCGGCCAACUUCAUAACUCACAGUCCAAACUUAACCACAACCUAAUCCACAAAAGAGUUAUAGAAUCAUCUGAUGGCGUCUACUGAGAACCCUGACCCUGAAACUGGCAAAUCUGAACCGAUUCCCGCGUCGGCUACACCACCACCCUCAUCAGCCGCCAGUUUCCUAGAUUGUCGUAAAAUAGACAUUAUAACAAGAGUUCUGCUUUUCUCCGCCACUCUGACUGCUCUUAUAGUAAUGGUGACUAGCGACCAGACAGAGAUGACUCAGCUCCCUGGAGUUUCGUCUCCGGCUCCUGUCUCCGCCGAGUUCAAUGACUCGCCCGCUUUCAUAUACUUCGUGGUUGCUCUCGUGGUAGCUAGUUUCUAUGCGCUCAUAUCAACACUUGUCUCCAUCUCUCUACUCUUGAAACCUGAGUUCACUGCACAGUUCUCCAUUUACCUAGCCUCGUUAGACAUGGUGAUGCUGGGGAUUUUGGCGUCUGCAACGGGAACGGCGGGAGGAGUUGCGUACAUAGCGUUGAAAGGAAACGAAGAAGUUGGGUGGAACAAGAUCUGUAAUGUCUACGACAAGUUUUGUCGUUACAUCGCAACUUCGCUUGCCUUAUCUCUAUUUGCUUCACUUCUUCUUCUAGUUUUAUCCAUCUGGUCAGCACUCUCCAAGAGAACAUGAACAAAAGCUUAUAAAUCCAUCCUUUCCCUGUACUGUGUAUUUGUUCACACGUGUUUGUCUGUGUCUUGAUUUGUUUUGUUUAUGUUAUAUUAAUGUAAAAGCAUGCGUUUCUAUAUACAGUACGAAGUUGCAUUCGUGUAUCUCUUGUCGCGUAAUAUACUAAUAUGUAACUUCUUUAUCCAAAAUUCGGUCUUCAUAUACAACAAAUUAAGAUUCAAGAAAACUCUUCAUAUACCAAUCACUGAAAUCUCUCUCGAGCCCUGAGACAUUGCUUGCUCACAUCAAGACUUGUUGCAAGAAACACGGAGUCAUCGUCUCAGGACAAAACUCAUCCGAACCAAACCUUGGCGGUUUUGAGAGGAUCACAGAGAACCUAAAGGACGAAAAUACAGCGAUAGAUCUGUUCACUUACCAGAGAAUGGGAGAGCACUUUUCUUUUCCCCAGAUCAUUUCCAUGCCGUCACAGAGUUUGUCCGGAACCUUAGUCAGUUUAAGCUACCAGAAGAUGAUCUUCGAGCAGAGGAAGAAGAAGAGGAGAAUGCUGCAGCCAAGAAGAAGAGGAGAAUGCUGCAGCCAAG